CUAACUGCUUUGAGGGCUAUUUGGCGGAAUACCAGAAGCGCUUAACCAGCAACAUGAACAACACGACGGUCGCCACCAGCACUUCCGACAAGUUGUUUACCACUCCGGAUUAUGGAAAGGGAAAUCGGACUCAACCGCUAGACUCAUCCGUCAGGGUCGCUCUGGUGGUCAUCUACGCAGUCGUCUUGAUGGUUGGAAUACCUGGCGUCGUCCUCAUGAUCAACGUGCUGAAGUCUAACUUGCGCUCUGUCACCACCGUGGCAGUCCUGAACCUGAUCGUGGCGCAUCUCAUCUUCCUACCCACCGUGCCGUUUCGGAUUGACUACUUUUUCAGAAACCGUUGGGAUUUGGGGCUGAUGAUGUGCAAGGUGGUCAGCGCCAUGAUCUUCAUUCACAUGUACCUUUCAUUCAUCAUCUACGUGGUGCUGCUCGUCAUACGGUUCCACAGUUUCUACAAGCGGACGAGGACGGAGGAUUUCUACCGGAGGCUGCAUUCUGUGAUGUUCAGCGCGGCCGUGUGGGCAGUGGUGGUGCUCGCAGGGACGCUGCUCGUCGUCUUUACUUAUGGAAAUGGCGUUGAGCGUGACCCAAACACUUGCUUCAACUUUGGAUCUACCAUACAGAAAACGUGGGUGAAAGUGAUAAACUACUUAAUCAGCGCCACCUUUGUAAUAGUACCGUGCGUACUGGGUGCCAUCCAAGCGCAUAUCUUGCUCUCCAUCGCUCAGCAGUACGGGGCAAUGACGUGCUCGCAGCAGGAGUUUUGGGCUCAGAUGAAGAGCCUGUGCUUUGUGGUGGUCAUGCUCGUCUGCUUCGUGCCAUACCACAUAUUUCGCAUGCACUACCUAUCGCACUCUGAUGAGGAGGAAACCAACGAACUCUUCCUGGCCAUCACUGCGCUUAGCUGUGCUGACUUGUUGACGUUUGUGCGGAAAGGUGCUUGUCGCUCAUGUGGCACGUAGCCUAUAGAGUACGUUGUUUUCCUCUGUGUAAAGUGCCUCCGCAUUACUGCCAAGUGUUGAUGGAUGGACUAGUGUCGCACAUUUGUUUUAACUUGUCAAGUUGAGAUAGUUCUGAGACUACUGUGGUAGCCUAUGUACUAUGCAAUAUUUUGGAAAAGUGCAAACUGGUACAAUGUUUUGUAUAAACCUAAAACUUAUUUGGUCUUGUUACAUUACAUUACACUUGGCAGUUUCAUCCAAAGCGAUUCACGCUUAAGAUAUUGGUUACAGUGCCUGGAACAAUAUGAGGUUAGAUGAAUUGCUACACGUCAGCCAGGGAGACGAUUCUUUCCAGUCUUAUUGAGUGAGAUGAUUGCUCUUGGGUGGUUAAAAUAAUUAAAUUAAAAAGUAAGUGCAUGCUUGAUGCCAGUACUUCUGUUUAUAUAGCAAUAUUCUGCUUAUUUUCAGAUGCAGUGUCAGCAUUCAGUACAUUUUUGUUUGUUUGUUUAGCCCAAACCCACAAUGACCGGACACUUCCUGGAAAAUGACUGUAGUGUGUGAAUUGUUGACAGUGGUUGAGGUAGCCUACAGAAAUACAUGGUGCCCAGAGUAGGUCAUUUCUUUAGGCCUGCUCAUUCACAUCGUCUAUAUUGUUCUUGUCAGUCUAGAAUGCUCUUAUCUUUGGACAGCCGUGGCUGAGCUGGUUGUCAGAUCAGAGGGUUGCAGGUUCAAAUCCCAUCCUACCACUCUUUAUCUCACUGCAUGGUUGAUGUUCCCUAAGCAAGCUGCUCCAGGGACUGUAACCAAUACCCUGAACUUACAAUAACUAACAAAGCUUUGGACAAAAGCGUCAGCCAAGUGUAAUGUGUGUAAUGUGUGUGUGUGUGUGUGUGUGUGUGUGUGUGUAGGUAAA